UAAGAAAGGAAAGAACGAGAUCGUAGAAAGUAAAUAAAUUAUCAAAUUAGGUAAUAAAUUAUAACAAAUAAAUAAAGCCCCAACUAAAACUAAAUUAGGCGAAACAAACACAUCAAGGUCGUAAUUUCGCAAACAAAUGGCGCAGUACCCAAGAGGAAGUCCUGAGUGACAGUUCCUACGAGUCGAGGCAUGGAAGCAUAAACUUCGUAAAAUAAAUAUCGUUGACAAGAGACGAAAUAAGACAGUCAUUUUAACAAAAUGACUACUUACGAAACCAGAUAUAUAGUUUAUUCCGGUUCACUUAUUCAUUAUAAGUAGAGAUUUCGAAAUUUAUACCCGUAACACAUAUCCAAGCUCAUCAUCAUCAUCAUCGUAAUCAUCUAUCCUCAGGUGUUGUGUGAAAUAAGAUCAUCAUCAACAAAUAUAUUUACUAGUCUCUAUUUACAGGGUCUUUUGUUGUAAUCCGCCACAGUCUUCUUGGACGCUCUUGACCGGGUUUAGCAGCGGUGGGGUCCUUUGUCCAGGGCUCCGACGGCCCUGGACAAAUACGGCAGUAGUGAAAAAGCCCUAUAGUGUGUUGUUGCUGUUGUCCUCCUCACCACUUGUCACUCACACCCACUACGGGGUAUGAGCCAACAUUCGGGGCAGAUUUCACGAUCACUGCGCCUCUUUGAAGGAAGAAGACGCCGGAUGCGAGGAGGAGCCUCGCCUCCGUCCGCCUUAGAGCCACCCGUGGCGACUUUGGGGCGGACCACGCUGGCAAACCAUGGAUCAACCCGGCGGUGCCCGAGACCGCCUGCUAGGCAUGGUCGUGCUCUCCAGCAUCACUUUCCUCGUGCUGAGCAUCACGCCUCCUCUGCGCUUCCUCGUCGGAUUCGUCUCGAAUGCCAUCUUCGCCGGCAUCGUGGGCUUCCAGCUGGCCGAGCUCAUGGACCGGCGGUACCGCCAAGAGGUCCGGCUCAAGCAUCCGACCGUCUUCGUCAGCGGCUGCGACAGCGGGCUGGGUCUGCACACUGCCCGGCGUCUCCAUGAGCACGGCUUCGAGGUGUACGCCGGCUGUCUGGACCCCGGCUCGGACGGGGCGACUGUCCUCAAGGAGAUGCGGGUCAACGUGGUGGCCCUCGACUACAUGGAGGAGGACAGCAUCGUGCAGGCAUACAAGACGGUGGCCGCACAGCUCGGCGAUAAAGAGCUGUGGGGCAUCGUGGCCAACGCGGGCGUGACCAACUACGGCGAGCUGGAGUGGAUGUCGUACGACGAGCUGCGCUGGCUUGUCGCCGUCAACGUCACCGGCACCAUGCGCUUCGUCAAGGAGGGCAUCGCGCUGCUCAGGAAGAGCAAAGGCCGCAUCGUCAUCAUGUCCAGCGUGCAUGGCCGUAUGUCCAUACCCGGAUCUGUGGGAACGUCCGCCGCGGCCGCGGCGCUGUGCUCGCUCGCCGAUGGUCUGCGGCGUGAGCUGUACAAGUGGCAAGUGAACGUGUCCACCGUGGAGCCCAUGCUGUACAAGACUAGGAUCACGGACCCUGAAAAUGUGAAGAUUGGCAUCAACGAGGUCAUCAACAGAAUGAGCCCCACCAUGAAGGAAGAGUACGGCCAACUGUACCUGGACACAUUCAAGAACAUGAUUCCCAAACGCAUCCAGAAGUACAUGCACGUUAACCUCAACGACGUGUCCAAGGCAGUCCACUGCGCCCUGACAGAUCCGAUUCCCAAGGCACGGUACCGGUGUGGCAGCACGGACUUAGCGUUGUGCAGCCUCUUCGAGCUGCUGCCCAUCGAGAUGCUCGACAGCGUGCUCAUCAAUGCGUUCCAGCCGAGGACCAAGGCGCGGGGACAGUUGAUGGUGCCCCCUAAACCAAGCGUGGACUUGUCCAAGACACAGUGAACGCACCACGGACGCACCACGGACGCACCACCACGUGUUUGAAGUGGCGAGAAUAAAUUAUCCGCUCGUGGCACUCGCGGCCGUGGGACUUCAGAGCGGGACGUGGGGCGGUUCCAAAUAAAACAGGCCACAGCCACGACCCGUGGGCCCGCUUUGGGACUUGCAGACGAACAAAAGCGAAGGGGUUCCUUUUAGAAAAUCAUUUCUCCACCCUAGCUUUCAAGUUUUUAGCCUGAAACCGGUGAUCAAAUUGAGACACGGUAAAGACAAAAGAAUGCCUCAACCUGCGGCCACCCGAGGAGCGCAGGCUUCGACGAGGUCGUUGUAGAAGUAGAGCCCUAGAUGUUAGUAGCACAUACCCACUCUGGGGG